AUGGGGUCCUCUUUCAACGACGAGAUAGUGGACACCUCUGCGGAAAUUGAUAGCAUAGGGUCCACGGAAUACCAUCAGGAAGUUGAAGGUCGCGCCGAAGAUGGCUCAAUUGAUUCCCAGGACCCCUCUGAUGCUGCAAGCACAGAAUCCUUAGAGCCUCCUAAGCUCAAAUACUCCCGUCUGAACAAAUUGCCUGCCCGCUUCUUUACCAAAGACGCGGUCAGCUGCUGCUAUUUUCAUGAGAAGGUAUUUAUAUUCGCAACACACUCUGGGUUUGUCCACCUGACCCGACCAGAUUUCACGCCGCUGCGCACCAUGAAGAUCCAGAGAAGCUCCAUCUUGUCGCUGCACAGCGACGGCGAGUACUUUGCCGCUGGGUCGAUCGACGGAACAGUGGUGAUUGGGUCGGUUGCAGACGACAAGGAUAUCAUAGCCUACGACUUUAAGCGGCCUAUACACGCUGUGGCUCUGGAUAAGAACUACAAGACAAGUAAGCUAUUUAUUUCUGGCGGGACUAGCGGCAAUGUGGUGUUCUCGUCACGCAAUUGGCUGGGACAGAGACAGGAUACUGUAGUCGACGGCGGCAGCGGGGCAAUCACAAUGAUACAAACGAUCAACGACCUUGUCAUUUGGACAAACGACUCUGGCAUCACGGUAGCCCAGAUUCCCACGAAAACGGUCAUUUUCCACGAAACGUUGCCCAAGAACUUCCCCAGACCAGAAAUGUUCUGGCCGCGUUUCCACCAGACCGACGCCGACCGGUUUCUGAUCGGCUGGGUCAACCAUGUGUGGUCGUUCAAGAUCUCAGUCUCUAACUCGGGCUCCAGCAUAAUAUCCUCUGCGGCGUCAAAUUUCCGGUCGGUCGACAAAAAGGUCGCCUUGGAGCACCAUGUGAUCCUUGAGGACACGCUGAUUGCGGGCAUUUCUGUCUUCAACGAUGAUCUUCUGAUUUUGAACUAUGUGCCGAACAACGAGCCUCCGGAGCUGAAACUUGUUCACCAGCUCACGUUUGAGGAAAUUUCUGUGGACCAAGUGGCCAUGAACAGACGCACAAAUCUUGGUCUUAACGACUACCAUCUGUACCAGCACGAAUCGCAAUGGUUUCUGGUUUCUGCCGACGAUUGCAUUGUUGUACAGCCAUACGGACUUCACGACCAGCUGACGUGGUACACUGCGCGCGGAGAGUACCUGGAGGCAUGGAAGAUGAGCGAGCUAUGGCUGGCCAGAGAGGAGCGGCUGGACAUAGCAGAGCGACAUAUGGAGAAGCUUGUUGCUGAGGACAGAUGGCAGGAGGCCGGCGAGUUUUUGGACGAGAUGCUAGCUCUUGCUGGGGACGAGGAGCCAGAGUAUGUUCAACGGGUUGCAGGUUGCUGGAAUAAAUGGAUUACGCGGUUUUCAGAGGCAGGCCACAGAGAUCUGCUUGUGGACCGUGUUCCGUGUGUUCCUGUUGGGGACCAUCUGGUGUCCUCGAGGCACUAUAAUUCAAUUUUGGAGCAACUUGUGGAGCAGCAAGAGUUCUCGAAAGUGUUGUCGCUCGUUGAGAAAUGGGAUCACAGCCUUUUCGACGCAGAGACGCUGCGCGACCGUUUGGCGGAGGAACUUGAGGAGACAGGCGAGCAGGAGGCUUCUGUGCGACGGUUGAUUGUCGAUCUGAGCAUCGAGCUGGACGAGAUGGAAAAAUGCAUCGACCACUUGAUAUGGCUCAAAGACCCGGGAAUUAUGCUGUUUGUGGACGAACACCAUCUGCUAUUGCCCAAUCUGGACAAGUUGCCGGCCAUUGUGACGCUGAGCGCGGCCGGGAAGCCGUUGACGGCGGAAAAUUUGGCCACGGCGGUUGCUAUUCUGGUGGAAAACAGCCACGAGAUCCUGCCGCGGCAGAUCGUCGACACGUUGGACGCGGCAGGACUCGACUACGUGAGUUUCCUGUAUCUUGACGCGCUGGCGGCGAACGACAAGCUGCUUGUCAAGGACUUUGAGGACGAAAUGGUGAAGUUGUACGCGUCGUUCAACAGAGACCACCUGCAGCAGUUUCUAAGCCGCCAUUACAACUACUCUGUGGAAAAAGCGAUUUCCGUGUGCGAGGAGAAAAAUUGCGUGUCUGAGCUGGUGUAUUUGUUGAGCAAGGUGGGCGAGAACAGGAAAGCGCUCAAGCUGAUUGUGGAUGAGCUGCGCGAUCCAGAAAAGGCGAUUUUGUUUGUGAGCGAAAGCGACGACAGGGAGCUGUGGGACUUUCUGCUGGACUACUCGAUGGACCGGCCGGCAUUCAUUCAGACGCUCGUGGUGGCUGCGAGCGACCUGAUCGACCCGCUUCCUGUGAUAUCGCGGAUCCCACGCGGCGUCGAAAUCACGGGGCUACGCGAAGCGUUGGUGCAGAUCUGCGGCAACAUCCAGAUGGACCGCCUGGUGCAUGAGCUGGUAGCUCGGCUGAUUGCGGCGGAGUCCAUGGAGCUCACUGGCCGAUACAUGAGCUUGCGCGCGCAGGGCACGGUUUUCGAGCUGGACAGAGUGCCGACGGAAACGCUGGUGUGCCGCAACGGGCUGCUGGCAACAGAAGAGCAGUUUCUGGGGCACCGUUGGAAAGGCUCUGCGGCUACGGUGGCAGAGAAGAUAAACCACGUUGCAUAUAUUCGGCGACACAUUGGGCGCUAA